AGGAAGCAUAACAGGCAAGGCUUCUUACGCUGCUUGCCAAUUGUGCUUGAAGACUCUCUGAGGAGGGAUGCGUGUGUGUUUAGGCAUAGCUGAAAGACUGGGAGCGGAUCCACUCACAAAAAAGAAGAAAUCAAAUGCAAAGAAGCUUCUUCUUGGCUUUGCUCCUGCCCGCUUUCUCAUGUCAUGCACUCACUCACCCAAGAAAUCAAAUCCUUCUCCAGGACUAAUUUGAAAAAGCAAUGCACCAGAGUCACAACUUUAUCGGGAAAGAGACUUAUCGAGACCUGGAAGGAUGCCCAGAUGCAAGUGGUGGAAGUGGCUGAUUGUAAGGAGGGGGAUGCCUGUGGUUAUGUGCAGGACCUGAGCCUGGAUCUUCAAAUUGGGGUGAUUAAGCCCUGGCUCUUGCUGGGUUCCCAGGAUGCUGCUCAUGACCUGGAACUAAUGAAAAAAUAUAAGGUUACCCAUGUUCUAAACGUAGCUUAUGGAGUUGAAAAUGCCUUCCCCAAUGACUUGACAUAUAAAACUAUCCCUAUUCUUGACCUGCCUGAGACUGACAUCACCUCCUAUUUUCCUGAAUGCUUUGAAUUUAUUGAGCAAAUCAAGUUAAAGGAUGGUGUUGUGCUUGUUCACUGUAAUGCAGGAGUUUCCCGGGCAGCAGCAAUUAUCAUAGGGUUUCUAAUGUAUUCAGAAGGACUCAAUUUUGCCAUGGCUUUUUCGGUGGUGAAAAAUGCAAGACCUGCUAUUUGUCCAAAUUCUGGCUUCAUGGAGCAGCUCCAGAAAUACUGUCAAUUCAAUCAUUAAAAAUGGAAACUCAAUAGGGGAACGAUGAAGACUGAAUUUUAUGGUUGUGUUUUAAUGAGAGAAAUGGACUUUUUAAAAAAUCAGUGUAAAUAAAAGUUGCAUACCAUUAUAGCUCUAUAUCUAUCAUCAAAAACUAAUCCUUGUUCAUACAAGUAAUUCUGAAUUCAUCUCAGAUGCAUUUUGCUUUUUUUAUUUUAAUCUUAAUAAAUAGAACGAUUACUGUG